AUGACACCAACCACUCUCCGCAUAGCUCUUGAGAAUGUCGACUUCCGGUUGCCAACGCAAGUAACCGACGAUAACAGCGUGACAGCACUCAAAAGCCUUGUUCUCGAACCGUUGCUCCGAUGGCAGCCAGGUGGCUCUGUAAAAGCAGGACUCUUCGACAAGUGGUCUCACUCUCCAGACGGCACAACAUGGCACUUCAUCACUCGCGACGGUGCAGUCUUCCACGACGGAACAGUAUGCACCGCCCAGCACAUCGUGUCCUACAUCGAGGGGCUCCUCAACUCUAGAGACUAUUUCGAUAUGCCUUGGAGCUACAGUCGGUAUUUUGCUCGGACUGAGAUAGUGGCGGAGGACGACCGUACAGUACGCAUUACAUCUCCAGAGCCUUUCGCCGAUGUCUUGGACAUACUCUGCGAGUUUUGGCCAGUCCGAUUCGCAGCAGAUGGCAAGCCCGUGCUGGGAACCGGGCCAUAUGAGGUAGUUGAAUUCGAGCGCGAGAACGGGAUCGGGAAAGCUACCCUUCAACGUGUGAAUCCAAGCCGGCACGGGGGCCCCCACAUCAUUAUGGCGACGCAUGAGCCAGAUGGGCGGAAGAGGCUGCAGCUUCUCAAGGACGGGGAUGUCGAUGUUGCUCUCAAUCUUGAGCGCGCAGAUGAUGUCAAAUCUAUCGACUUCGAUUCGGCGCUUCAGUGGGGAAGAAGGACGAGCACACUCUCAGCCAUGUUCUACCUGAACUGCACACAGGGCAUAUUCCAAUCGAGCGACGCCCGUCGAGCUGUCAACCUCGCCAUCGACAACGAAGCAUUAGUCGACAAAGUCUACCGCGGCCUAGCAGUCCCCUCGGCCACGAUAGUAAGCCCCUUCCACCUAGGAUCCGCAGAAGCAAACCUGAGCCCGAUUCCCUUCGAUCCGGACACUGCACGCAAACUGCUGAAGCCCCUAGACACCAGCAAACCAAUCAUACUGCGCACACCUACCUACAUGCCGGAACACGCCGAAAACAUCGCACGCUUUGUCCGCACCUCACUGCAAGCCGUCGGCCUCCAGGUCGAAAUCCAAGUCGAGACAAACCGUCCUGAGUACGCGCGAUCCAUUGGCCUGCGCAAGCAGAUAGGUGACCUGGCACUGUUCGACUCGACGCCGAACAGCACGUUUCGCGUCCUGGACGACAAGAUAUCCAGCGCGAGCCGCAAUACGUGGUGGUUGGGGUAUCACGACGACGAGGUUCAAAAGCUGAUUCACGACGCGAGGAGUGAGGUGGAGGGUGAGGGGAGGAGGGUUGCGUAUGCGAAGUGCUUGAAGCGGGUGCAGGAUAACCCGCCCUGGUUGUACGUGGCGCAUCCAGAUGUUGUGUGGGCUUCAAAGCAUGGUGUCGCGAUCAGUAUUGGGCGCUCUGGUGUGCUGAGUCUGGAGUAG